AUGGCCAUCCCGCUGCCGGGAAAGGCGCUGCCGCGGCAUGACGCGACGAAGGACGGCAGCCAGGCUGACGCCGUCGACGCCGUCGACGCGGCGGUGUGGCCUGGCGUCGACGACCAGCCGUCGGUGGCGGCGGAGCUGCGCUCACUGUGGGGCAUGGCGGCGCCGAUCACGGCGCUCAACUGCGUGGUGUACCUGCGCGCGAUGGUGUCCGUGCUGUGCCUCGGCCGCCUGGGCCCGCUGGACCUGGCGGGCGGCGCGCUCGCCAUCGGCCUCACCAACAUCACGGGCCACAGCGUGCUGUUCGGCCUCGCGUCGGGGCUGGAGCCGCUGUGCGCGCAGGCGUUCGGGUCCCGGAACUACGAACUCCUGACGCUGUCCGUGCAGCGCGCCGUGCUGCUGCUGUUCCUCGCCGCGGUGCCCAUCGCGCUGCUGUGGCUAAACGUGGGGCCCAUCCUGGUGGCGCUCGGGCAGGACCCCACCAUCUCGGCGCACGCCGCGUCGUACGCCGCGUUCGCGCUCCCGGACCUGGCGGCCGGGGCCGUGCUGCAGCCGCUGCGCGUGUACCUCCGGUCGCAGGGCAUCACGCGGCCCAUGGCGGCGUGCUCCGCGAUCGCCGUGGCGCUGCACGUCCCGCUCAACGUCGGUCUCGUCUUCGGCAUGGGCCUCGGCGUGCGCGGCGUCGCCGCGGCGCAGGCGCUCACCAACACCAACAUGCUGCUGUUCCUGCUGGCCUACAUCCGCUGGGCGCGCGCCUGCGAGGGCACCUGGAAGGGCUUUGCGCGCCCCGCCGCCGUCGCCAGCGGCCUCCCCGCGCUCGCCAGCCUCGCCGUGCCCAGCUGCGUCGGCGUCUGCCUCGAGUGGUGGUGGUACGAGGUCGUCACCGUGCUCGCCGGGUACCUCCCCAACCCCGCCGCCGCCGUCGGCGCCGCCGGGGUGCUCAUCCAGACCACAAGCCUCAUGUACACCGUGCCCAUGGCGCUCGCCGCCUGCGUAUCCACCCGGGUGGGCAACGAGCUGGGCGCCGGGAAGCCGCGGCGCGCGCGGAUGGCGGCGCUGGUGGCGCUGUGGUGCGCGCUGGCGAUUGGCGCGGUGCACGUGGCGUGGACGGUGGCGCUGAGCAGGCGGUGGGUGGAGCUGUUCACGACGGAGCCCGGCGUGGUGCGCCUGGCGUCGGCGGCGAUGCCCGUGGUGGGUCUGUGCGAGCUGGGCAACUGCCCGCAGACCACGGGCUGCGGGGUGCUCCGGGGCACGGCGCGCCCGGCCGUGGGCGCACGGAUCAACCUCCUCUCCUUCUACCUGGUGGGCACCCCCGUGGCGGUGUACCUGGCGUUCGGCGCCCCCGGCGUCGGGUUCCGGGGCCUCUGGUACGGCCUCCUGUCGGCGCAGGCCUCGUGCGUCGCGCUCGUCCUCGCCGCCGUCGUGUGGCGCACCGACUGGCGCGUCGAGGCCAUGCGCGCCAAGAAGCUGGCGGGGCUGGAGCUCGCCCCUGCCGCGACCACCGCCGCAGCCGCUGACGACGACGACGACGACGCCGAGGAGAGGAAGCGCCUCGUGGUGGCCGCCACCGGCGGAGGGCGUGUAGUAGUGUAG